GUACUCACGCUCGCCACCACUGUCCUUUCAACCAAAAAGCUGUCCAAACACACACACACACACUCUUUCUCUCUCUAAACGUCAAUGGCGAAUCCAAACUCUGCAUAAUCCUUGCAACUGUCCAACCUUUACUUAUAUAUCUAUAUAUAACGGAAUUACGCUCGCUCAUACUUUCACUCGCAUUGUUACUAUCUGGUUGAUUCGUCCGUAUAGUUGCUGGAUUUGAGUUAUUUUGCUUUUGAGCAUAGAGUUAAGAGUUGUUUCAGAAUUGUCAUUUUAUAGUGCAGUUGUGUUUUAGAGGACUUUCAAGUCCAUUUUGAGGAGUGGUAAUUCAUGCAUCAUUACCAUCCGGGAGGAGUUUUGGUUGAUCAGGAUUUGCUUGUUUUAGUUUCCUAUUGCAGACCUAUAGGAUUGAGAUUGUGCUAAUUGUGAUCUCGAUUAUUGGUUUGGUAUAAUUUUGGAAAAUCAUUCUUGUAAGGAAGUUAGGUAGAGUUUGAAUGCUAGCUGAAAUUGCUCACGUUUUGGGCGAUAUAUAUGGGAGAUGGUAUCUGAUGAUAGCUUAUAGUUUUCACAGUUCUCGGAGGUUCAGGUUGAAGCAAAUAGCUAGCACAUUGUGAACUUCUCAACUUGAAUUUUCUAGAGGUUACAGAAACUCGGACAUGAAAAGCCCUUUGCUUCACAAAUUUUCUAAAACUUUCCGGACUAGACCGCAAUUCAACUGGUUACUCUUCUGUCUUGUCAGUGUCUUGGUGGUAAUAGCAUUGCUAGGAUCAUCUUCUUCAAGUGCCUUUAACUCGGUAACUUCCUCUGUGAAGCCUGAUAUCUAUACGAAUUACAGAAAGCUCAAGGAGCAAGCGAGAAGUGAUUAUUUAGAGCUAAAAAGCCUUUCUGUGGGAGAAAAUCAGAUAAAGGAUGUUGGUCUUUGUGGUAAGGAAAGAGAGAAUUAUGUGCCUUGCUACAAUGUGUCUGCAAAUACUUUAGCUGGGUUUAAAGAUGGGGAGGAGUUAGAUCGGCAUUGUGAGUUAUCAAGAGAACAUCAAUAUUGUUUGAUUCGUCCUCCUAAGGACUAUAAGAUUCCGCUGUCUUGGCCAGCAGGUAGGGAUGUAAUAUGGAGCGGAAAUGUGAAGCUAACCAAAGAUCAGUUCCUUUCUUCUGGAAGCAUUAUGAAAAGGCUAAUGUUACUAGAAGAGAAUCAAAUUGCUUUCCAUUCACAAGAUGGGAUGAUUGUCGAUGAUGUCAAAGAUUACUCUCACCAAAUCGCAGAGAUGAUUGGGCUGGGAAGUGACACAGAAUUUCUUCAAGCUGGUGUGCGUACUGUACUAGAUAUUGGUUGUGGAUUUGGUAGCUUCAGUGCCCACCUACUCUCGUUGAACUUGAUGGCUCUUUGUGUGGGAGCAUAUGAGUCAUCCGGAAGCCAAGUUCAGCUAACACUCGAGAGAGGACUUCCUGCAGUCAUCGGAAACUUUAUUUCAAAACAGCUACCAUUUCCAUCAUUGUCCUAUGACAUGGUUCAUUGUGCUCAGUGCGGAAUCAUUUGGGACAGCAAAGAUGAGCUGUUUCUUAUUGAAAUUGACCGUGUACUCAAGCCUGGAGGUUACUUUGUUUUGACCUCACCCAUAACACGGAGGCAGGGUAGUCCAACCAGUUCAAAGAAGGGAAGCAUAUCUACUCCUUUGGAAGAGACCACUAAGAAGCUUUGUUGGUCUCUAUUGGAACAGCAAGAAGAAACUUUUGUCUGGCAGAAGACGGUUGAUUCACAGUGCUACACAUCUGGCAAGCAGGGUAUGGUACCACUUUGUAAAGGGGAGGAUAUGCAACUGUACUACCAGCCACUUGCACGUUGUAUAUCUGGAACAGGCAGCGAUCGAUGGGUUCCAAUUCAUAGCAGAUCUAGUUCGCUGAACUCAACUGAGCUUAAAGUUCAUGGAGUUCAUCCUGACGAUUUCUUUGAGGAUUCAGGAUUCUGGAGAUCAGCUGUGAGAAACUAUUGGUCUUUGUUGUCACCCUUGAUUUUCUCUGACCAUCCAAAGAGGCCAGGUGAUGACGAUCCAUUACCUCCAUAUAAUAUGGUGCGAAACAUCUUGGACAUGAAUGCUCAUUAUGGGGGUUUAAACGCCGCAUUGUUGGAGGCAAGAAAAUCAGUUUGGGUGAUGAAUGCUGUGCCUCUUGGGGUGCAUAACACACUUCCACUCAUACUUCAUCGAGGUUUUGCUGGUGUUCUGCAUAACUGGUGCGAACCUUUUCCUACAUAUCCAAGAACAUAUGAUUUGCUCCAUGGUAAUGGACUUCUGUCACACAUUGCUUCACAAGGAUGCAGUAUAAUUGAAGUACUUUUAGAGAUGGAUCGUAUCCUACGGCCUGAGGGAUGGAUUAUUCUCUCUGAUAAAUUGGGCCCAAUAGAGAAAGUGCGGAUGUUAGCCACACAAAUCCGCUGGGAAGCCAGGGUGAUUGACCUCCAGAAUGGAAGUGACCAACGACUACUCGUAUGCCAAAAACCAUUCGUGAGAAAGUGAUCGAUCAUCUUGACAUGAAACUUCCACGAUUAAAUGAUUGACCAGUCCGUUUGCGCACUGCUAAUUCUCCUAAACUUCCAAUGGAAAAGAGUAAUUAGUAUCACAUGGUGAAGCGAAGUAUUUCUUCACCAUUUGUACGCGCGCUGCCCCAAAGGUGGAAAUAUAAUUUUUGGAAGCUGUAGAUUUGAGCAAGAUUUGGUGGAGUAGAGACAGCACAUAAAGAAGAUUUUUCCCUUUCAUUAGAUUUAUGCAGCAAUUCAUUCAGCACUGUUUUUCUUCCUCGUUUUUCAGUUUUUAACGUAUCUUAUUCAAUUGUAAUUAAAUGGUAUUUUAGUGAAGAAUCACCUAUUCUUGAGAGCAAGAGAUUUUGUCACAAAAUGUAAGAAUCAGUAUAAAUAAUGGUUUCCCGAGA